AGAAGCGAGAAGUCUCUGGUUUGUCUUAGGACUUUGAAUAAUAAUUCCUUGUUCUGAUCAAGUUGGUCUCUGAGCUAGCUGUCAUCGGACACAGCAAGCCUGCACAGACUAGAAUAAAGUCCUCAAAGACUUUCACAAAAUGAGCGGAAUAUUCAAAAUCUUCGGCACUUUCUAUCAACUGGCUGCCUUAGCUGCAAAUAAAAUCUUAUUCGGGGCCUUGGACGAUGAGCCAUCUGCUGAAGAGGAUGAAAGCCAGGAAGAGUCCACCGAUGAUGCGGAUGAGUUGUACGACGAUCCGAUCAAUAUAAGCUCGAGUCCGAAUAAGGAAAGGGAAGUUCACUGCGUCUGUGAGGAGGUUAAUGGUCGUUUACAUAAGCUCUACGAUCUGCGGGAUUACGUAUUUGAUCCUCAAGACGAUAUGCAGCAGGCCAUGCGUCGCGAAGCAGCUCGUCAAAGGGCGCAAGCUGGAUACUCCCAGCCCCUAAGCCUGACGCGUAGCAUCCGGCGCACGGUAGAGCAACAUUUGCAAUUUGUUUCUGAAGAUUACUUAUAAAUAGUUCAUUUACAUUAUUCCUUCAUAUAUUCCAAAAGUCACUAAUCGAUUGAUGUCAAUGAUUUGUUUCGUUUCCAAAUUUGUAUUUUGAUAGCUCACACGGGUUUGUGAGAGACACAAAUAGAAGAUUCCAUUAGCUGGAAAGAGAUAGCGUUGCAUCGUCGCAUCUUCCCUUCAAUUUAUAUUAUUACAACGAAAUCCGACCCAAAUUAUAAGCAUUUAUAUAAAAUAUAUAAAUAUAUCGGUCAGCAGCCUUUCGUUCUCAGACUAAAA